AUGUCUUCCGAUCACAAGGUCCCGCGACUACCCAAGUUUCCCCCACACAACGCCCCACGAGUCUGGUUCAUUACCUGCGCGAAUAGUCCUGUUGGCAUUUCACUAUGCAGACAUCUACUGGCGCAUGGAGACUACGUGACUGCCGGCGUGCAGCCGGUCGAGUUCGAGCGGGAAGAAGAGCGAAGUCGGGACUUUAAGAGUUUCCUCGAAUCACUGAGCACUCCGGGUCCGACAAAAGACAACAGCCGGCUACGUGUCGUUGCAUUGGACGUCAGGGUCAUGGGACAAUGUCAAUCCGCUGUGGCAGAAGCUGUUCGCUGCUUUGGUCGAAUCGACAUCCUCUUCUGCAGUCACUCAGAGGUGGUUGUAGGGACGGUCGAGGAGCUUUCUCAGAGUGAUCGGACAUUGAGUCUGGUCAAGGAUCAAUUCGAGACGAACUUCUUCGGCCCGGUCAACGCAAUUAAAAGCACGCUGCCUCUGUUCCGUUCGAAGAAGAAUGGACACAUUGUCUUGCUGACAGCCAUCUCUGGCCAUCUAGGAACACCCGGACUCAGCAUGUACUGUGCAAGCCAAUGGGCUAUCGAGGGAUACUGCGACAGUCUUGCCUACGAGAUUGCUCCGUUCAACAUCCGAAUGACCAUUGUCCAGCCGAAUGUGGAGGUCAACCUUCUCACGCAUCGAAUCACAUCUGCACCACCCAUGGCCUGUUAUGCCGAGGAGAACAAUCCAGCACCUCUGUCUCGAAACAUCCUGUCCUCACUGCUGGACCGGAUAGAAGGCUCCGACGAACCAACGACGGGAGAUCAGCUUUACUCGAACGAGGUCACCAGCCUCUAUCCGCCACUGAGCACGACGGUGAAAGAGCGGCUUGUGGCCGAAACGGUCCAUGCUGUGGCCGCGAUUGGCGGCCAUGACAAUCCUCCCGCACGACACAUUGUUGGCUUCGAAGGCGUGACGACCGUCAAGGAGAAGCUGAAGACUGUGAGUGAGGAGCUGGAAGAGUUUGUCGAAUGCAGUGCUGCAGCCGAUAUUGAGAAGACCGAAGAGCUGCAAUCGCCCAUGCAGUCUUCUUCAAUGGCUGUGUUCUGA